GCUGCGGGCGCCUGGCGAACGAACGUGGUCCUCACCGGGAGCUCUCAGACUUAUGAGCUGUGGAUUCCAUCCGACGGAACUUGGUACGACCUGGGAAGGGUAUGGUGCGUUGGGUCGCCCGAUUUCACUUGCGAUCAUUGCAACGUGAUCACGAUAGACCAUGUUGAGAUCUCGGCGGCGAAUGGCCCGUGCACGUUUGUGGGGGACGCCAGUUGGGGUCAAGCGACUCGGGUCAUCACGGAAGGACGGCCGUAUAGGAUGGGGCCUCCCCAGAAGGCCCUGUUUGCGAAAUGUGACUAU